AUGCUUCCCGGUCCGCUCUCCCGCCCAGCUCUUGCGGCGGUAACGGCCGCGCGCUCCGGCGUCCGAGCCAUGAGCGCGACGGCUGCGAUGCGGUCCAAGACCCCGAGCAUGGGCGACAUCGACCCGACCAAGACCUCCGUCGAGGCAUUUCACGACAAGCAAAAGACUUUCCGAGAGAAGCUAGUCCAGGCACAGAAAGAACAAGGAGCUCGUGCGUUUGAUGCCCAUAAAUAUCCCCAGGAGUCUGCCGCGUCCGCAGACAGCUCACCCCAGACCUCUGCAGGUGCUACCGCCGCGGCUUCCAAGGCCGUGCCCGAUAAGAAGUCGGGCCCGUUGUCGAACCUCAUUUACGGCACGAAAGAGGGCCGUGAGAUGGAGGCGCAGCUCGAGGCAAGCUUCAGCCAGGUCCUCGCCCGUGGCAAAUAUGUCCACUCGAUAGUUUUCCAUCGCGUCAAGCCUGACAAGGUUGACGAGUACGUUGAUCUUGUUGGCAACUGGUACCCUACUAUUGCCAACAGACCCGAGAAUAAGGUUCACCUUGUAGGAAGUUGGAGGACGGAGAUUGGCGACUGUGACACAUUCAUUCACAUUUGGGAGUAUCAGAAGUAUGAGGGAUACCACCAGUCUCGGCACUCCAUUUGCAACCACCCCGAAUUCGCCGAGAACAACAAAAAGCUUCACAAACUCAUCGACUCCAAGAAGAUUGAUCUCAUGCAGGAAUUCUCCUUCUGGCCGACGACCCCUCCCAGACAACUCGGUGGCGUUUUCGAAUUGAGAUCCUACACCCUCCAUCCUGGCAACCUGCUUGAAUGGGAGACCCACUGGAGACGCGGUCUCAAGGCUCGCCGUGAGGUCAUGGAGGGAGUGGGUGCCUGGUUCGUCCAGAUCGGGGACCUUAACACUGUCCACCACCUCUGGCAGUUUGCCAACCUGGAGGAACGUCGCCACCGCCGCGAGAAGAGCUGGUCCGUUGAAGGCUGGAGCGACACUGUGCACAAGACUGUGCCUUUGAUUCAGAACAUGCAGUCCCGCAUCCUGAUUCCCAUGCCGUGGUCUCCCGUGGCCUAA